AUGAAAUCGCGCCGCCCACCACGUAAGCUGCUCCAAACUCCGCCAAUCAGUCAGGAAGACUCCAGGAACUUCAAAGGAUGUUCAACCCAAUCGCAACAGGGGCCAAGCAACACUCAUAACAGUGCAGGAUCACCUCCCCGUUUCAGCACUCAACAAUUCAAAACCUCAAAGCCACAUCCUACUCCAAAUAGCCAAAAGCCCGGUGCCUCACAGCAAUGUCCUACUCCUCCCCUCCGUUUGAGCGCUCCAAAUGCCAGCACCUCACAGCAAUGUCUUACUCAGCCCACUACUCAAUCUCAACAAAUCAAACGCCUACCACUUGUUGCUUGCGCUGUUACACAAAUCUUGAUAUUUCCAAUCAACAGCCCAAUCUCUGUUUCCCCAUACUGGAUCUUGAACAGUUCAACCAAUCUGAAAGUUGAAUAUUCAAAUAUUAUCAUAGCAACCUCAUUUUUUGCUGUGAUCAAACAUGGGAUGACAACAACUUUGACAAAAAGAAGAUAA